AUGGCGGCCGCCAUGGCGGCGGGGCUGGGCCGCAGGGCGCCGCGGCUCUGCUGGAAGGCCGCCGAGUCCCUGCUCCGUCCCGGCGCGCUGCCGCCCUGUGUGCUUGUGCCGGUGAGGAGCAGGAGGAAGGGGCCGCGGCUGCCCGAGUGGGCCCGGGAGCUGAGCCCUGAGGAGCGGGAGCGGCGGCUCCGGUGCGCGGCGCCGAUCUUCCCGGACGAGCGCAUGGAGCGCACCUUCUUCCUGGCCUGCACGGCUGAGAUCAUGGAUCCCUACGUCCCUCCCGAGGGCGAUGCCCGCCUGACCUCGCUGUCCAAGGACGGGGUGAAGCAGCAGAUGCAGAAGCUGAGGCAGACAGCGGCCUCCCAGCUGGCCCUGCGGAAGAUCAAGGAUCACGACCCGGAUUUCAGCACCAAAACCUUCCCUGAGAAAGCCCAGGAGAUAUUUAUUGAGGCCCACAACUCCCUGGCAAACUUUAACAAGCAGAAGCUUCACUCCCUGGUGACGGAGCGCUGCUACCCCGACAUGGUGCGGGGGAACCGGUACAGAACCAUCCGCUGGCGGUUCCUGGAGUCCCUGCAGCCCCCCAGGGUGGUGCACGUGCGCUGCGAGGGCGUCCUGAACCGCGGCAACCUCUACGGGCAGGUGACGGUGAGGAUGCACAGCCGCCAGAUUUUGGCCAUCUAUGACCGCUUUGGGCGGCUCAUGUACGGCGGGGAGGAGAUUCCCAAGGAUGUUCUGGAGUACGUUGUGUUUGAGAGGUACCUGGUGAACCCCUACGGAACCUGGAGGAUGCACGGCAAGAUCGUCCCAGAGUGGGCCCCACCCAAGGAGCCCAUCAUUAAGACCGUGAUGAUUCCAGCCCCGGAUCCCUCUCAGGAGCAUGAAACAGCGAAGUAGAAAGUUCUGGAACGUGGACAGGGACAAACAGGCCAGCAGGGAAGAUUGGGAAUGUGUUGGAUGUGGCUGUGCCUUCAGGAAUGGGCUCCAGCCACCCCAGAUUUGUCCUUUGAGGGGCUGGGAGCAGGACCUGGAUGAGCUCUGGGAGGAGCUCGGCUCUGUCCCACACGCCGUGUGCUGCAGCCUCGCCCCCGCUGGGUUCCCGUGAGGAUGAGGAGCCUUGGGAGCAUCCCCGGGCACCCUCUGUCCUGAAUUCCAUGGGAGAGCCCUGGGAAUGUUUGUCACCCCCAUGGGAGGGGGCACAGAGCUGCUGCUCAGGCAUUAAAGCU